CUUCGCAGUCCGAGGUCAGGAAGCCAGAUGAACCCACAUACAAGCGGGCAUCCGAACCCAACAUUCGCUGAGAGGACACGGAAGUUGGGUAUGCAGAAGCAAUGCUGACUGACCUGCACGCAGCCAUGGUACCGAAGCGCGAGCCGGUGAAGAUAGAGGACCGCGAGCGCACGCAAGCAGCGUGCGAGUGCCACAGUCAAUGCAACAACUGCAAGAUCUUCCUGAGUUUAUUCAUCAUCUCGCUCUCCCUGCAUCUCAUCACGCUCUUCUGCUACCUGGACCUGCGCUCGGAGCUCAAACGCGAAAUAUCCCAGAAAAACAAAGAUGAUGUGCCAUCCACCGUCCCGCACCAUGAAGCUACAGAGCCUGUGCUCUGGUUACCGGACACCGACCACCCAACAAUAAGCGAUCAGGGCAGAUGGAAGGAUCAUAUGCAAGAGCUGGAAACAGUCAUUCAUCGCACCAAACGUUCAGAAUCUAAUGGAAAAAAGAAAGAGCGAAAAAAGGGCAAGAAAGGACCCCCUGGCACUCCAGGACCUCCAGGUCCACCUGGUCCACAAGGCCCUCCUGGUAUACCAGGGAUACCGGGGAUCCCAGGGAGUAAUGCAAUGGGACCAUCAGGCCCACCGGGCCCUCCUGGACCCGCAGGGCCACCUGGACUACAAGGUCCACCUGGGCCACAGGGACCUUCAGGUGGUGCAGAGAGAAGCAAAUACAGAGAUUCACAGCCUGCUGUGGUGCAUCUUCAGGGUCAAGAGACCACAAUCCAGGUGAAAGAAGAUUUGUCAGAAGGUGUGCUGAGGAAUUGGAGAAUGAUCUCAAUUCAUCAGAGAGUGUUUAAAAUGCACUCGCGCUCUGGAGAGUUGGAGGUCCUUCUUGAUGGAACAUACUUUAUAUAUAGUCAGGUAGAAGUAUAUUACCUGAACUUUACAGACAUAGCAAGUUACGAGGUGAUGGUAGAUAAGACUCCAUUCUUGCGCUGCACGCGGAGUAUUGAGACCGGCCAGCGCAAAUUCAACACCUGCUACACUGCGGGUGUCUGUUUAUUGCGAGCACGGCAGAGGAUCUCCAUCCGCAUGGUGUACGAAGACACCUCCAUCUCCAUGAGCAACCACACAACCUUUCUUGGCAGCAUCCGACUAGGGGACGCCCCAGCUACAGGACACACUUGAGCCAAUCAUCUCACAGAUGGACACAGAUCUCGUUAGAUGUGCACGAGCCAACGUGCUCACAGACCACACCCACUGAAUUAUCUGAGCCAGUAUGUCUCAUUAGCCCCAAGGACAUGCCCAGUCAAGAGCAAUUUUUGAUCUAAUGGGCUCUUCUACAUUUUCACCAAGCAAAUAAUCUUUAGAGAAACUCCAGCACUCCCUAUAGGAUUGGCUUUAUCACCACUGACCAGCAUUCACCACAAGGUCAAACUCUCUCAUUGCACUGAAGUUUAUUGCCAGUCCUCACACAUUAAAGACACAACAUCACCCCAGGCAUGAAAUCAAUCUGUGUGCUUACAAAUUGAAUCAACAGACAUGGGGAAUAAACAGGAUGAAGUGUGAUUCAGUAGUUCAAGGAAAGCCACAGAUCAUGUUUUUGGAUUUUUUCUGCCUUUAUCCUUCAUGGAGUAGAUGUAAAAUCAAUGCCAAAGACACAAACUGCACCUGCUAUAAGUGUGUCUGUAGCUACUGAGAGCUGACGGAUCAAAAUGAACAGUUUUCUGCUUUUAAAACACCGGCAGCAACCUACUCCAAACAGACAUUCACAAAAAAAGCAUAACAAACACAAAUAGCCAAUGAGCAUGGGUACUGUUCUGUUCAAAUUAGCACUGAUAAAGGCAAUGCAUAUGAAACAUAGAAUCUUCAUUUAUCUCAGAUUUUCCAUGCACACGAACAAACAGUCUGUUUUCAACUUGAAGUACUGAAAUUCUGAACAUGCUAGCAAUAUGUAACAUUCUGUAAUCUGGUUCUAUUGUGGUUCUUGCUCAUAAAUUGUUGGAAGAACCGAGUGUGUGUGUCACAGUGUGUGUGUGUGUGUGUGUGUGUGUGUGUGUGUGUGUAGCCUAUCUGAUGACUGUAGUUCAGGAACGUGCAUACUUUAUAAUCAUUUAAUGCCCCCUAAAACUAGAUUCAUCUCUGAAUACAAAAUACCACAUGUGUCCUGCAGGGGUCAGCAUUGCUCCUGUAUAUUAAAUGUAGCACUGAGAAGUUUGGUUGUUCGGGACACCAUACUAUCACACCACUCUUACUAUUGGUGUAGUAUGUAUAUUGUGUGCAAGGAAUUAAGUUUUUGUAUGCAUAGAGUAUCUGGGUAAUCUAAUAUAUUUGGCAUAAUACUAUGUGGAAUAGUCCUGUACAUUUCACAAUGCAAAGUUCCACACAUCUACAGUGAGACGGAUGAACUGGAAUCAAUAUCACACACAGUUUUUAAUAGCUCUUUCGUUGCAUGUAAUAAUGCAUUGCGUAAUGCGUCCCAUUUCACAUAGUUUUUUUUAAAUAGUGGAAAGUAUUCAUUAUAUACUGCAAAGUAUACAGUAAGCUAGUAUUCCAUUCUGAACAUAGUCUUUGUCUUUCCCUUUUGCACACAAAUACAAGCAUAGGUUAACUCAAUUACCAGCCUCGUAGUUCAAGAUCGAAUGGGUUUUUGAAAAGAACAGAAUAAUGUGAGUGUAGUUUAGUUAAUAUAAAUUCACAAAAAAAUUAUAGGUUAUUUUUGACCCAGCAUUGGGUGAAAAGGGGUGAACCUGCUGGCUUUGUUUUUUAACUAAUUGUUGGAAAUUUUCAGGGUUAAUUAACCCAACAGCUAGGUUGGUCUUAUAACCCAGCAUUUUAAGAGUACAGAGUGAGAAACAAGCGGCUUAAAAAAGAACCAUGGGAAUUAUCUGGAGUUUAAGGAGUGCUGGUAAUCUGCCCUUAGGUUCUCACUGUAUGCCCCCUCAUCCCUACGUGGAAAUGUAGACAACAUGCAGGAUCAGAACAGGAGAAGGUCUGAAUAUGACUGCAUUCUAACAAAUUUGUUGUUUAAAUAUUUUCUACUCUUAAACAUCAGAUCCGACCGACUGUUUGUUUUAGUUUUUGUAUUUGGUGUGUGUCUUUUAGAUAUGUGUGCCUUUUGUAGGUAAAUGAUUUGUAUACUGUUAGUAGUCAUGUUUUACUGAAGAUAAUGUAUAUUUGUAAACUAUACA